UUUGACGGCAUCAGUGUUUUCUACAGUUUUAAUUAGGGUUCCGAUUUCAUCGUCUCUGCUGCUCGGCGAAGGGCCAUUCCAUUGCCGCGCCUUCAAAUUUCAACUUUGGAGACCGUUCGGCUGCAGCCAUGUAUGGGAACAGAGGGUCAUUGUUUGGGAGCGGGGGGGUUUCGGAUGGGUACGAGAUCGGCUCAAAGAGACCAAGAUUGAUGGAAUCAAAUCCCUACUUCGCAGUGAACAGCAGUUCAGGAGGUUAUGGCUAUGGCAGGAGGUAUCAGCCUUCUGCCUUUCCGGUGGUUCGUUUGAGAGGUCUUCCCUUCAACUGCACAGAUGUUGAUAUCCUGAAGUUCUUUGCCGGGCUGGAUAUUGUGGAUGUCUUCUUGGUGAACAAGGAUGGAAGAUUCUCGGGAGAAGCUUUUGUGGUCUUUUCUGGGCACAUGCAAGCUGACCUCGCUCUUCAGAGGGAUCGGCAAAACAUGGGAAGGCGGUAUGUCGAAGUGUUUAGGUGCAAAAAGCAGGACUACUACAACGCUAUAGCUGCUGAGGUGACUGAAGGUGCUUAUCCUGGGAUCGAUAAUCAUGGUCCCUCGCCUCCUCCUCCACCUCGACGCAAGCGAUCUCCAGAUAAAGAUAAAAUGGAGUACACAGAGAUGUUGAAGAUGCGUGGGCUCCCUUACUCUGUUACGAAAUCAGAAAUCAAGAGGUUUUUUGAGGACUUUGAUGUUGCAGAGGAGAAGAUCCAGAUUGCAUACAGGGCUGAUGGGAAAGCUACAGGAGAGGCGUAUGUAGAGUUUUCUUCGGCUGAGGUAGCUAGGAAGGCCAUGUAUAAAGACAAGAUGCUGAUUGGAUCCAGGUAUGUCGAACUCUUUCCUUCUACUUCAUAUGAAGCUAGACAAGCUGCUUCAAAGAGUCGGCACUAGAUAGAUAGAUAAAUAGAUAGAUGAUGAUAAAAGACAUCGAUUAGCCCUAUGAAAUGAAAUGAAAUGAAAUGCUCCUGUCAUGUGUGAGAUGUUAUUAGAGAAACAAUUUCGAUCCUGGCGGAGAUUUUAGGACAAUGGGAUAUUUGAAAAUGAUGAACGCAGUAACGUUUGUUACCUUGCCUGCCUGCCACUGUGCUUAGUUUCUUGUUACACUUGUUC